AUGGCGUCCAGUAUAGAUGCCAAAUUACUCAAACAGACCAAGUUCCCUCCCGAGUUCAGUCGGAAGGUGGAUAUGAAGAAGGUCAACAUUGAGGUUAUGAAGAAAUGGAUUGCUGGGAAGAUUUCUGAAAUUCUUGGGAACGAAGACGAUGUCGUUAUUGAACUCUGUUUUAACUUACUAGAAGGCUCGCGUUUCCCGGAUAUCAAGUCUUUACAAAUUCAGCUUACGGGGUUUCUGGACAAGGAUACCGCCAAGUUCUGCAAAGAUCUCUGGUCACUAUGUCUCAGCGCUCAAGAGAACCCCCAAGGCGUCCCGAAGGAGCUCCUGGAAGCCAAGAAACUUGAACUCAUACAAGAGAAGGUAGGACUGCUAGAUUGUUGGCCCGGCUUUAUAUCUGAUGUUGAUACCGUUCCCGAUAGAUCGAGGCAGAAAAAGCAGCGGAAGAAGCUCGCCGCAAGAAAGAGCAAGAGCGAGCACGCGAAAGGGAGUUGGAAGAAAUUCGGCAAAGAGAACGAUGGGAUCGCAAUCGGGGCAGGCGAGGUGGCGGUCGUGGAGGCCGAGACUUCGAUAGACGGUCAUACAGAGACAAUCGAUCGCCACCCAGGCGACGAAGCCGCGAGCGAUUUCGUGACCCACCCUCAAGACGAGAGUUUGAUUCUUACGUUCCCUCAGGUUCGCGUCGGGGCCGUCGGCCUUCAAGAUCGCCGAGCGCCUCUCGCUCCCGCUCUCGUUCCGUUUCCUCAUCUCGAUCCCCACCUCGUCGACGCCUCCCAAGCAGAGACAGAUACCGAGAUAAACGUCGCCGCUCCGCGAGUGGCUCUGUUUCUCCAGACAGAGGAGACCAGAGGAAACCGAGAAGACGCGGUCCAGACUACGGUGAUCGAGCUAGAUCCAUUUCCCGCAGUGAUUCAUCGCGCUCACGUACUCCCAGAAGAGAUCGAAGGAGACGAAGAUCUGUCUCUUCCCACAGUUCAUCCCGUUCACCUGCUCCCCGAGACCGGCGCAGAGGGGAAGACCGGUCGCGCUCGAGGUCGCGGUCUAGGUCGCGGUCUAGGUCGCGAGGUCUGGAUGAGAAGAGCAGCAGACGGAGGGGAUCCUCACCUCAUAUCUCAAGAGCUGAUAAGAAAGAACCAACCGCUGAUUCUGCAAAGGCCCGCAAGUCCCGUGAUGAUCGCCGUUUGA